GGCGGCAGAUCCCCGGAGUUGAUCGAUGGGGUCGUUCGAGGGGCACGUGCUGCCGGGGACGCUGUUCCUGGCGGUGGGCGCCUGGCACGUGUGGGCGGCGGUGGCGCGCUUUGCUAUGGACCCGGUCGGGUUCCGCCUCCGCGUGUGGAACCCUGUGGGCGCGGGCAGCGGGGCGCUGCGGCACCUGGAGCUCUACGUCCUCGUCGGGGGUGCCUUCCUGGACAUGUGCGUGGAGGUUCUCCACUCCACCUACCUCCGCAUAUUCGCGCCUGGCGGCGGGGUCAACCCGGCCCACCUCAAGGACCUGGAGCACGGCGGCAUGCUGCUCAUGUUUUUCCUCUUUGGCGCCCUCGCCCUCCUCUCCCAAAACACUAGGAGGGCCCAGUGGAGGUGCUACAGCUCCCAAAGAUCAAGGAGAACGUCAAGGACGUGA